AUGUCUUGAUUUCACUUUUGCGAUUUUUGUGCUUUAAUUAAAUAUACAAAAAAUUCCUCAAUUAUCCUUGAGAUUAAUAUUAAAGUCUUUAACAAUUUAAUUUGAUAUAACAAGUCCUAAAGUGUAACGAAACAACACUGGCAAGAUCUAUUAUAGAUAUAAAAAUAUUCUAAAGUUAUUUUAAGGCCGGGUCUAGGGCAAACUUUGAUUAAAGUAAGAAAAAAAGAAAAGGAAAAUAGAGUAAAGUUCUUUUUACGUGCUAAAGCAGAAAAUGAGUUUGAACAGAUGGAUACAAAGACGGGAAUAUGGCUGGCCAUUGCAACGAGGAGAUCGCGACUUAAUAAUGCAUCGUGUUUACAGUUCAAUACAAGAUCAUAAGCAUUGGAAUGAUUUGAACAAUAAACCCAAUCAAGUCUCAGAGUUUGGAGCAGUGUUUAAUUUGGAAUUCUCACCAGAAGGCAAUGUCCUUGUAGCUGCCUGUGAGAAGAAAUCUAUAUUGCUAUUUGAUGCUAUAACUACCAAACAGACUCACAAGAUAACUGAUGCACACUCAGACAAUGUCAAUUGUAUCAAAUUUUUAGAUGACCGUAUGUUCGCUACAUGCUCCGAUGAUACAACGGUAGCUUUAUGGGAUUUACGUUAUUUGAAAAUGAAAGUGCGGAGCCUACAUGGCCACUCUAAUUGGGUUAAAAAUAUUGAAUAUUCGCAAAAUGACAAACUGUUAGUCACAUCAGGUUUCGACGGCAGUAUAUUUACGUGGGACAUUAACUCUCAUACCGAGCAGGGUUUAAUAUAUCAAAAAGUUUUUCAUACCAGCGGCCUUAUGCGUUGCCGUUUAUCGCCUGAUGGCAGUAAAUUGGUGAUUUGUUCCACUGGUGGUUAUCUCAUGAUCAUACAUAGUUUAGAUCUGACGACACUUCAUAAAGAUUUAUGUGGCUUUAGGCCUAGCAUGUAUCGUUUAAUGCAAAUGGGUCAUCAGUAUAUACCACAAGCUGCUAAAUUUGAUCAUGUUUUCUCUAAGAAACAAAAAAAAAAUCGUGUUGAACUCGUCACCGAUUUCCCUGAAGACAAUGAUGCUGAAGUUGUUUUAGCAUUACAGAUUCAUCCCUGUGGCCAUUCAAUACUAAGUCGUAAUAUAAGUUAUGAUGAAAAAACUGAAUGGUCUUGUAUACAUAACAUUAAUGAAGAACCAGGAGAUAUUACUGAACGCAUUGUGGACACUACUUCGUCACGUCGAAAACGCAAACUAACAUGUGGGAGUAAUGAUGAGUUACCCAAUCAUCUGGCAGAUGAGGAAAGUGGCGAUUCUACAGAUGAAGUACGUUACAGCAUAAGUCGCAGACAACGUACAUUGAGGCCACGUUUAACUGGUAGAACUGCUCCACCUCCUCCACCUCCUCCCCCACCACCCAUAUCAAGUUCUUCUACAAGUUCUUCAAACAAUGCUAACUUACAAAAUAAUGACCAACAACAAGUAGCAAAUCGUCCAGAAUCGUUUGUGCCCGAUAUCUGGGCAGCAGAAGUUACCGUUGAAGAGCGAGCUAUACGUCAGAAUAGAGCACGCACUUCUAAUUCAGUAACUGGUUAUAAUUAUGUAUACGCUAUAAGCAGUGGCGUGCUGCCAGCAGCGGCAGCUAGUUUAGCGACUGCACAACGUAACAGCACUGGCAAUGCUUCUUUAAGGGGAAGCAACAACACAAACAGUAGCAAUAAUAGUAAUAGUAACUCUAGACGACGUAUUUCUUUAUCUUUAAACAAUGACGGCGAGUCACCCUCUAUUCGCUUACGUUCAUCGUUUUCGGAUCUCGACCCUUCUAAUGAUGGUAGCAGCACUUCUAGCAGUGACUCACCGCCACCCAUACCAAUUGAACGUAUUCGUGUGCGGGCUUGUCAGUACGGUGGACGACAGAUAUUUCAAAAUCCCAAAAAACUAAUGUACUACAUUGUUGAACCUAAUAAGGGUAAAGGCUUUAUUAAGGAGCCUUGCUUUUCGGCCGAUGGUCGUAUCAUAUGCUCGCCAUACGAUAACGGUAUACGAUUGUUGGGCUUUACAGAUACGUGUUCAGAAUAUCCGCGUCAUAGCAGUGCGAUUGAAGUGAUUAAACGCGAGCCACGUCCACUGGUAGUGAUCAAGGAGAUCAAAGUUCAUCAAAACAUUGUAUUAAGUACGAAGUUUAGCCCUCGCGAACCCUUACUUGUUACCGGUUGUAAAAAUGGUAAAAUUGUAUGGUAUCAUCCCAAUUUAUAAAAUAAUUCAAAGGACAAGAAUAAACAAAGGACAUGAUACGGAAAAAAGUUCUUCAAUAAAAGCAGAUAACAGAUGAAUUUCUAUGAAUAUCCGUAAUCCUGUUGGCGGACUUAUUUCUUUUGGCCAUUUUUUGGUAAUUGUACUAACGAAAUACUUCUUUUUUUUUUUGUAAGAAAUUUUACGAUGGCGCAUUUGAUGUGGUAUUUGAUCGGUUGAAAAGUAUCUUUAAUUUCGAAAGCUAUUUACCGUAAAGUAAACUAACUGACUAAGACGUCAAAUACCCGAUUUCAAUAUUCAUUCUAUUUUUUAUUUAUUUUUUGUUUGUUACUUUUAUUCCUUUUGUUAAAUUUUUUU